CCCACCAAGCUGCUCCAGGCGACUUGCAACGAUUAACCCCCCGGCUGCACCGACUUCACCGUGCCCAGAGGUCUUCUCUCGACGCAUGCCAAGAUGCUCUCCAGUCCAGCAGAUACGCUAGUUCGCCAAAACUCCAAAAGGCUCUCUCGAUCCAUGACCAAGACAAUCGACGGCUCGGGUGGAUGCUCUCUGGAUUCCCAGCCGCUCGGCGGAUCCGAAGGUGUGAACCACAGGCACUCUGCGAGCGCCGCGUCGGGAGGCCCUGCUGGCUAUAACUUGCAAGAAUACUACGAAACUGCGAUCGAUCACUACGAUUCUGGGCUCGGUACCUACAGCGAAUCGGACACUGUGAGAGAUCCCACGCUGCAGCUGCUCUGCGACAAUGAGCAGGACGGAUUCGGAUUGCUGAUGGAUCGCAUCAAGGCUGGAACGAACAGCACCAAGGAAGCAAUCGGCUUUCUCAAGAAGCGCGCCGCCAUCGAAGAGGAGUAUGGCAAAGCGCUGAUGAAGCUCUCCCAGGGCGCGCUGAGCCACAAGCUCGAGGGAAAAGGAGGAACGUAUUCGGACUCGUGGGGCGAUCUUUGCCGUAUCCACGAAAACAUGGCUUCCAUUCGCCUGGAUUUUUCCCAAAAGAUCGCAGAGAUUGCCGAGGACCUCUCGACACUCUGCAAAGAUACAGAGCGAAGCCGAAAACAGCUCAAGGAGUCUGGAUACAAGCAAUGGAAAGCCGUUCAGGAGGUCGAAGUCAACCUCGAGAAAUCCAAGGUCAAGUACGAGACCAUGUCGGAGGACUGGGAGCGAGCAGUUAUCCACCGCGAGCAGAAUGAGUCUGCGUCAAGUGCAGGCGCGGGGGCUUUUGCCUAUCCGUCCCAGAAGCGCUUGGGCCUGACCAAGAGUCUUUCGACGCCCAUGGGGCUUUGGAAGCAAGCCCCGACCCCACAAAAGCUCCAGAGGAUCGAGGACGACGCGCGAACCAAGGCUGCCCUCGCCAAUGAAAACUACAAGAUACAACUGCAGCACGCAAAUGCGAUCCGAUCCGCUUACUUCCAGAAACACCUCCCCCGCUUCAUCAGGCUCCUCAAAGAAACCAAUGAUGAAUGUGACUCGAGCCUCCGACGACAGUUGAUCAAGUACGCGAACUGCCUGGAGAACUGCCUCAUGACAGAAGCCACCAGUGUCAGUCCGCUGGACAAGCAGUCGCUUGGCCUCGUCAAAAUUGUCGAGCGGGUCGACAACACACGCGACUUUGAGGAAUACAUGAACCAGUAUCUCCAGCAAGGCAGACAGCAACCGAUUCCACGCAAGGAUCACGCAUACACCCCAUAUCCCAUGUCUCCAACCAUGAUGUCAAUCAUUCAUGCCAAACCUGUAUUUGGAGUGGAGCUUAGUGUUCAGCUCGAGAGAGACGGCACCCAGGUGCCCACCAUUGUGACCAAGUGUAUCGAUGCCGUUGAGAAAUUUGGUAUGAGGAUGCAAGGCAUCUACCGUGUCUCGGGCCUUUCGAGUUCGAUUCAAAAGCUGCGAACACUGUUUGAUCGAGACGCCGAGACAGUGAAUCUCGAAGAAUGGGCUCGUGAUGUCCAUGACAUCACAGGCGUGCUCAAGCUCUAUUUCCGUGAGCUCCCGGAUUCCCUAUUUCCAAAACUUAUGUAUCGCCCUCUCAUCGAGGCUGCAAAGAUUGACGACGAUCGCAUGAGGUUGAUUGCCGUCCAUGAGCUGAUAAACGAUCUGCCGGACGCCAACUAUGCGACCCUGCACGUCCUGAUGGGACACCUUCAUCGCGUUCAGGCCAUGGAGCCUGACAACAAGAUGAAUGCCCAGAACCUCUCGAUUGUGUGGGGACCCACACUAAUCGAUCCUCCCAGCGACUCAGUGCCGGAUCCCUCUGAGCUGCGACUCCAGAGCCGUGUCGUUGAGGUGGUUCUCUCAAACUACGAACAGAUAUUUGAUUGAACGGGAAGCAUGGCCCCGUUGCAUGUACAGCUUGUGGCCGAACGCCGUUUCCAAAGAAAUGAGGCGCGGCCAAGCUCUGGGAUUCGCUGCCAAUGCCCCUUACGGCUGAAUGUGAACACGGCUGGUCCUUCUUACAG